GCCACAGUAUUUAAUCCACUUUACAACCCAAGCUGAGCUGACCUACUCAAGAGACUCUCCUGCUUCAGAUCCAAGUGACCCAAACAAAUCCUCAUCAUGGUGUCAAUGGGAAGACAGAUGCUGGGCUUUGCCCUGGCCAUCGUUGGUUCCCUGGGAACCAUCAUCGUGUGCGCUCUGCCCAUGUGGAAGGUCACAGCCUUCAUUGGAGCCAACAUUGUGACAGCGCAGGUCAUCUGGGAAGGCUUAUGGAUGAACUGUGUGACGCAGAGCACGGGUCAGAUGCAGUGCAAGAUCUAUGAUUCUCUGCUGGCUCUCCCGCAGGACCUCCAGGCUGCCAGAGCUCUUGUGGUCAUCGCCAUCAUCGUAUCAGCAUUCGGGAUCAUCCUGGGCAUUGCUGGGGGAAAGUGCACCAACUUUGUUGAGGACGAACGGGUCAAGUCUAAGGUGGCUAUCGCUGCUGGAGUCAUCUUCAUCUGUGCCGGCGUUCUCAUCCUCGUCCCUGUCUGCUGGUCUGCAAACACCAUCAUCAGAGAUUUCUACAACCCCAUCCUGACCAACGCUCAGAGGAGAGAGCUGGGAGCCGCUCUCUACAUCGGCUGGGGCACAGCUGCUCUUCUCCUCCUAGGGGGUGCCCUCCUCUGCAGCUCCUGCCCACCCAAAGAGGGUCCAGAGUAUCCAGUCAAGUACGCCCCUGCCAGAUCCACAGCCACCAGCCGAGCCUACGUCUGAGAGAUCCAGGUUCCUAAAAAGACUGUUUGUUUUUUUCAAGCUUCCCUCCUUUGUUGUGAAUGCCUGACAGCUAACGUUGUCUCUCACUGUGGAGGCAUGAGAGCGAGUUUCUUGAGGAAUGAGAAACAUGGCACAGAGACGUGGUUUGAGACUACAUCUCUGUUCACAGGAGGAUGACUGGACUGAAUCAGAACCUUGUUGUGUAAAGCUUGUAUUUAACCACAUUUUCUCUGAUUGUUUGGUAAAUCUGAGCUGGGCUAGAAGAAUGAAAAAGCUAUGAUUGAAGAAAUCCUGUACAGCACCUCUGAUAUAUUGUGAAUUUAUUGUAUAAAGUAUUCUACAAAUGUCUUCUUUAGUCUGCAGCAGUGUGAAAACACAGCUGAUGUCAAC